UGCUGUGUGGGUCGGUGGGACAGCUUUUCCAUCCUCCAGGCCAGUGAUGCAGGCAUCACCACAGAGCUGGGCCCUCAGGCUGCUCCCUCUCCUGCUCGCCGCUACCGGGAGCAUUGCCACAGCCGAAGCGGCGCAGGAGAAAGAGAGGGACCCAGCCUAUUGGAAUGCUCAGGCCAAAGAGACGCUCCAAGCCGCGCUGAGACUCCGCCCCCGGUUGCACCGCGCCAAGAACAUCAUCCUCUUCCUGGGGGACGGGAUGGGUGUGUCCACUGUGUCCGCGGCUCGCAUCUUGAGGGGACAGAUGGAAGGAAGGUCGGGAGAGGAGACAGUGCUCGCCAUGGAUACCUUCCCUUACCUUGCCCUCUCUAAGACGUACAGUGUUGAUAAGCAGGUAGCAGACAGCGCUAGCACGGCUACAGCAUACCACUGCGGAGUGAAGGCUAAUGCUAAGACAGUGGGCCUCAGUGCCAACGCAGUGGCCUACGAGUGUAACACCACCUUCGGCAAUGAGGUGUACUCCGUGCUACAUCGCGCCAAAGCACAAGGGAAGUCGGUUGGCAUCGUGACCACCACUCGCGUACAGCAUGCCUCUCCUGCUGCCGCCUAUGCCCAUUCAGUGAGCCGCAGCUGGUACAGCGAUGAUGACAUUCCCUCUAGUGCCCGCCGACAGGGCUGUGUCGACAUUGCCACACAGCUGGUGACCAAUGUUGACAUCGAUGUUAUCCUGGGUGGGGGGCGGAUGUACAUGACACCAAAGGGAACUCCAGACCCUGAGUAUCCCACUUCCUCGUCCCGGAAAGGGGAUCGCAAAGACAAGAGGAACCUCAUUGAUGUCUGGAUGAAGGCCCAAAAGGACAAGAAUUCCCAGUAUGUUUGGCACAGGAAGCAGUUUGACGAGAUUAAUGUAAAGACUACUGACCGUCUCCUGGGUCUCUUUGAGCCAAAGGACAUGCGGUUUGAGGUUUUCCGAAACGCCACACGUGACCCGUCCAUCGUUGAGAUGACAGAGAAGGCCAUUCAGAUCCUCAGCAAGAACCCCAAAGGCUACUUCCUCUUUGUAGAAGGAGGGAGAAUUGACCAUGGGCACCACGAUGGCAUUGCCAAGCUGGCUCUGACAGAGGCCGUGAUGUUUGACCGGGCAGUGCAACGAGCCUCCCGGCUCACCAGAGAAUCAGACACCCUCACUGUCGUAACCGCAGACCACUCCCACGUCUUCACCUUCGGAGGAAACACCCCCCGUGGAAACCCCAUCUUUGGUUUGGCACACAAGAAGGCAGAUGAUAGGAUGCCAUUCACCAGCAUCCUGUAUGCCAACGGUCCUGGUUACGUACAUGCGAAUGGGACGAGAGGAAACAUCACAUCGGUGGAUUACUACGAUGAGGAGUACAUGCAGCAGGCUGCAGUCCCUCUGGAGUCUGAGACCCACGGCGGGGAGGACGUGGCCAUCUACGCCAAGGGCCCCAUGGCCCACCUCUUCCACGGGGUCAAAGAGCAGAACUACAUCGCCCACGCCAUGGCCUACGCAGCCUGCAUCCCACCCUACACGGACUGCCCCCCACAUCCAUCCGCCUCAGCCGGACACACACACGCCCUCUCUGGGCUGCUUUUCUGUCUGGCCAGCCUCCUUUGGCUCCUGUUCAGAUGAUGACACACACAAUCCGACAAUCAUGGGUCCAUAUCAGGACAGUCACACGUCCAUGGAUGUUGUGUCAGAGAUGGGAGAAAUGGGGCAAAUCUAGGUUGACUAUUUUGGAGAAGUGCCUAGAUUGCUACGUCAUAUUGCAGCAAAUUCGGAGGGUAGUCCUGACAGGGACUUGAACCCGGAUCCAGGGACUGUCAACCCCAACAUCUUAGCCAUUACGCCAAGAGCUAGGGGUUCUUUGGCUUGUAACCAUAGCGGAACCCUUUUUGGUGCUAUAUGGAAUUAUUUUUUGAAGGUUCUAUAAAGAACAAUGCUCAUAAGGUUUUAAAUGCAACCUGUAUGGUGCUAUAAAGAACCUUUUCCUAAACAUUCUAUAAAGAACCAUUAAGAAAGAUUCUAUGUAGCACCUAAACAGGGUUCCGCUAUGCUUACAACCCUGUUUGAGGCUUUAUAGAACCCUUUUUUUAUGGUUCCUUAUAGAACCUUUAUGGAGAAUGGUUCUAUAAAUAACCUCUCUCAAUCUGAAAGGUUCUUUUUAGAACUUUUUGAAGAACCAUAAAGGGUUUUUUAAUCUGGUCAUCCAUGUUGUAUUGUUAAAGUUCUAUAGGUGUUAUUAUUGUGUUAAUUGACAAGUUGAAUCAAGUGAGCUACCUCUGGAACAGCUGAGGGUCCCUGAGGAGAGAAUUGAGAACCACUAACUGACUUAGUCAACCAUUCUCAAUUGACACAAGGUCAUACGUGAGUCUUUCACAAGACACCGUCACUGGCCACAGUCAUAUAUAAUAUGUAAUGGCAUAACACAACACAUUAAAUCAACUGGAAUUACACUCUCACUCACGGUUGCACAAAAAAGAGCUGUGAGCAAACACGCCCCAAAAUAUUCUAAUGAGCCGCCUCCCUUACAUUUUACUUAUCACUAAAAGAGCAAAGAAUCCUUUUGUGAACUGUAAAGAACCACUGAAGAGCUCAAAUGGUUAUUGGAGUCAUUAUGGUUCCACAUAGAACCACCACCUUUCCCAAGGAACCCUUGAGGAACCUUAAUUUUAUGGUGUGGACACUAGUAAUGUGGUUGGCAGUGAAACUGAAAAAAGGAGACCUGGAACGUCACCAAGAUAUCGUUUCUAGUAGAAGUAGGUCAUACUGUAAACCCCAAGAGAUGGGGUCUGUAUAGUUUUUUUGCAAUCACUAUAGCUGGACUAAGACAAUGAGAUGACUGUGGUGACCAAAGAAGAUGUGGUGGCUUAAGUAGUACGAUCAGGUAUUCCAGACACUGGUUAACCCUAGUCCUGGACUAAAAAACAUGUUCAAUGUGCUUCUUAGACCAGUGCUUGGCCAAUGGUCAAAGGAAGUCAAAGGUUGUUCGGUUGUUGUUCUGAGAACGUUUAGGAAGAAAUGCUCCCACUGAACUGUGUUAUGAACACAGUUUAGAAGUAAACAGGAAGUUAACUGCCAUUUAGCAAAUGUUUAAAUGUUGUAUUUUUGACCUUUUUGUUACCAGUUCAAUUGUCUUCCUCAGAUUGUACCUCAUAUUAGCAUUAUAAUCUUUUUUUUUCGUUGUUGAUUUUGAAAAUGAAUGUAUUUUUUGUAUGCAGAUGUUGUUCAUGUAUUUUUAUACAUUUGUAGAAAUUUGUUUUGAAUAUCUAUAAAAAUAAAAACUCAGUUUGUUUCUUUGCUCUCCUUCCUCCUUGAAUCCAACUCAGCAUACAAUGGAAGGGUCAGUUAUACUACAUGUGAUACUCAUCUUUACAAGUGAAACCUUCAAAAAUACUGUCUGAAAUUAACUUUAAUAAAAUAUUCUCACAUUGUAGCCA